CCCGGCAGGGCGUGCUCCAGUCCAAGGCAGGAUCGGGUUCCCCGCCUUCCAGUCCGAAAAUCCCGCCAAGGGAGCCGCAGAGCAGAGGAAAAGCCAAAGUGGAGAGAGGGGAAGAAAGGGACCAGUGAGUCACCGUGCGUGCCGGAGGCAGGGAGCAGGCGCCGCGGCGAGCAGCAGCGACUCGGGUACCUGGACUCCGCGCAGAAAACCUCACCCUCAUCAACAAAGGCAGCCUGAGCGCGCACAGCACGUUUGCAACUCCAAGACCCCUAGAGACUGCCUAAGAUGCCAGAAGGUAAGUUUGACCAGAUGAAAUGAGUAGGAGGAAAGAUGUGUGGCAGGUGUGAAGAAAAGGAAAUCUGAGUCAGAGUGAAAAAAAAAUCCAUACCAAGGUAUAGCCAGGUUUAUCAUCAUCUAUUGGAACUUGAGCAACUAUUGAAAAUAAGUGCGGAACAGAGGAAGAUGUGACCACUCUUCUUAAGAAUGCAGACCCAACAGUACCUGCAGCAGCGUCGAAAGUUUGCAGCUGCCUUCUUGGCAUUUAUUUUCAUUUUGGCAGCUGUGGAUACUGCUGAAGCAGGAAAGAAAGAGAAACCAGAAAAGAAAGUGAAGAAGUCUGACUGUGGAGAAUGGCAGUGGAGUGUGUGUGUGCCCACCAGCGGGGACUGUGGGCUGGGCACCCGGGAGGGCACCCGGACCGGAGCUGAGUGUAAACAAACCAUGAAGACCCAGAGAUGUAAGAUCCCCUGCAAUUGGAAAAAGCAAUUUGGAGCGGAGUGCAAAUACCAGUUCCAGGCCUGGGGAGAGUGUGACCUGAACACAGCCUUGAAGACCAGAACCGGAAGCCUGAAGCGAGCCCUCCACAACGCCGACUGCCAGAAGACAGUCACCAUCUCCAAACCCUGUGGCAAACUGACUAAGCCCAAACCUCAAGCAGAAUCUAAGAAGAAGAAAAAGGAAGGCAAGAAACAGGAGAAGAUGCUGGACUAAAAGAUGCCAUCUUCUGUGGACCACGAAAAGGACAACAGCAAACAGGAUCAGUUAACUAUUGCAUUUAUAUCUACCAUAGGCUUUUUAUUCAAAAAUUAUCUAUAGCUUAAGUACACAAUAGGCAGAAACAAAAAGAAAAGAAAAAUUUUGUAGUAGCAUUUUUUUAAAUGUAUACCAUAGUACAACUAGGGCUUAUAAUAAAGGACUGUAAUCCUAUUUAGAAAGUUGACUUAUAGGACAUGAUAAGUGAUAGAAAAUUGAGGUAAGUUUUUUGAAGUUAUGUGAUAUUUUACAUUUAAAAUCUUUUUUUACACUUUUUUUUCCUUUUGGCAGCAAUUUAAAUGUUAUGACCAUGUAAACUACUUCUCUUGUUAGGUAAUUUUUUUCACCUAGACUUUUUUUCCCAAUUGAGAAAAAUAUCUACUAAACAAAGCAGCAAUAAAAUAUGAUCAUCCUAUUUGAGGAAAAUAUCUUUUUUUCUGCCAGUGGAUUUUAAAAAAAUUUUAGUCAGCAAAAUGAGGGGAGGGGGGUCGUAGUUCAAUGUUGACUUUUUUAAAAAGAAAAUCAUUAAAACAUGCAGUUAUUUCACUUUGGCAGAAAUAUUUGUUUUCUUGAAAAAUUAUUUUUCCAUAUGAGGAAAAAAAAAAGAGUAGGAAAAUAAAUCAAGGUGAUGCU